AUGUCGGUCCCCAGCGGCCCUGCCUCGCCGACGAGUGGCCGCGCUCCUCCAUCGGCGUUCCCUUUCCUUUCCCACCCAGGGAACCCCGAUCCGGGCACCCACAUCCCCGGCAUGGGACGUCGCUCGUCCGUCGAGAGCCUGCGGGCGCGUGAGGCCGCGCAUCAACGGUCGCCCAUCUCGCCGAACUACACCGGAACGGCUUAUCCUGCUGCAGGCACCGCUGCGGGCUACGGCCCCCUCGCCCACGACAACGCCAGCAUGGGAGACCUCGGACGCCCGUACGCGCCCUUCAUGGAGAACGGCGGCGUGCCCUCGCGCGAGGGAAGCGCGACACCGCCGAGCCCGAUGGGCAGCCAGAACGCCCUUUACAUGUCGAGCGCGGCCGCCGCCAUGAACGCCAGCCAGACUCACAUUCAGGGCGCCGGUACCAUUCCGCGCUCGCAGUCCAGUCCCGCGCUGAACAUGCGCGCGCCAUUCCUGUCGCCCGCUUCGCGCCCGUCGUCGACGGUGUGGUCGCCGCCGGCCUACCCCUUCCCUUAUCCCCCGACGCAAUCGGCGUCGUCAACCUCCGGGUUCGUGCGCAAGACAAAGCCGCUCAUGCCUUCUUCUCGCUUGUCCCAGAAGCUCUCCACGGAGGACAAACCGUGGUUGAAGAAGCGGGAUUGCCGCGACCGCACGUCUUGGUGGCUCACGUUCGUCUGUUUGUGGCUCGGCGUCGGCGGCGCUGCGGUGCUCUGCUUUUUCGGUUGGAAUUCCGUUCUUAUCCUGAAGGACUCCGACCUCUGCCUCGUCCUCGAAGACAACUUCGACACGCUCGACCUCAACACCUGGACGCGUGACGUCGAGCUGGGUGGCUUCGGCAAUGGCGAGUUCCAGAUGACCACAAACUCGGACAAGAACCUCUUCGUUCAGAACGGGGAGUUGUAUAUCUUGCCGACUUUGACCUCUGACGAGAUUGGUCUUGGGAAGAUCACUGAUGGUGGGAGUUACACUCUCGACGGUUGCACCUCUAACAAUAAGAGUGCCUGCGAGGUUACGUCCAAUGCCGGACAACACCAAGCCAUCCAGCCUGUGCAGUCUGCCCGUCUUCACACCGCCAGCUCUACCACCAUUGCGUUUGGUAAGGUCGAAGUUAGGGCGAAGAUUCCCCGAGGCGAUUGGCUAUGGCCUGCAAUCUGGAUGCUUCCCAAGGACAGCAAGUAUGGCCAAUGGCCGCUCAGCGGCGAAAUUGAUCUCAUGGAGGCUCGCGGCAACGCUCCGUCGUACCCCGCCCAAGGACGGAACUUUGUUCGGAGCUCGCUCAACUACGGCCCUCUCGCCUCCCUUCCAACUCAGAUCUUCGGGUUCAUCUCGCAGAAGCAGUCGUCGUACGACAAGGACUUCCAUGUCUACGCCCUUGAAUGGACGCCUGACUGGAUGCGCUUCUACGUCGACUCGCGUCUCACGGCCAUGAUGAACUUGAAGAUCACAGGCAAGGGUGGCAAGGACUUCUUCAAGCGCGGCAACUACCCAGAGACCUCGACUAACGGUUCCAACGUCGCUGUCGUCGUCGAGGACAUCUGGGCUGAGCAGGGCGGCCAGGCCGCAGCGCCCUUCGACCAGGAAUUCUACCUGAUCCUGGAUGUCGCUGCCGGAGGCACUAGCGGAUGGUUCCCGGACGGCGUCGGCGGCAAGCCCUGGUUCGACGGCUCGAACACCGCGAUGUUUGACUUCGCCAAGGCGCAGUCGACUUGGUCGGCGACGUGGCCGUCGGACUCUGCAGACCUAGCAAUGCGGAUCGACUAUGUGAAGAUGUGGAAGCUGGGCUCCUGCUAG